AUGUCGAACCUAUCCCACGCAAAGAUCGUCCCCCGCCCUUCCAGCACUCGGGGCGCAGCCAACCAUGGCUGGCUCGACACCAAACACACCUUCUCCUUUGCCAGCUGGCACGAUCCCAGAUACACCCAAUUCGGAUCGCUGAGGGUAUUGAACGAAGAUCGCGUCAUGCCUGGCGAGGGCUUCCCCACACAUUUCCAUCAAAACGCCGAAAUCUUCUCCUAUGUCUUGUCGGGUGAACUGACCCACCGCGAUUCGAUGCAAAAGAAGGGUGCAGAGUCUCAAGACAAGGACAAAUUCUUCCGCCUCCACCGCGGAGAUGUGCAGUUCACCACGGGUGGAAGGGGCAUUUCUCACAGCGAAUACAACGAACACAACAAAGAUUGGGUGCACUUUCUCCAGAUCUGGGCCCUGCCGUGGAAGAGAAACCUGCCCCCCAUCUACCACACCAGCACGUUCUCGGAAGAAGACAAGCGCAAAGAUUUUGUCACCAUCAUCACUCCAUUGAAGGCGGGCCCCAAAGCGACACUGGAAGAGGAGAAGGCAGCCAUUCCCACCAAGGAGGGCACCAUACCCAUUCAUGCCGAUCUUGUCUUCAGUGCAGGCAUCAUCCCGGUCAACAAUGCAUUCAAUUACCAGGUUGGCGGCGGUGAUGUUGUCACGUCCAAAUCCGACCGAAAAGUAUACAUCCACUUACCAGAAACAAAAGGUGGAAAAGCCAAGGUCCGGCUGGACGGACGAGAAGACGCCAUUCUUAAGGAAGGAGAUGGCGCGUAUGUGAGUCAUGUCAAUGCAGGUGAUGUGCUCAAGGUUGAAAGCAUUGGCGACGCAGAGGCCGAGGUUGUGGUUAUCGACUCGGAGUAA